GCUCUCUGGGCGCAGUGGCAGGGUGGCCCUGUGGCUCUCUGGGUGCAGCGGAAGGGUGGCCCUGUGGCUCCCUGGGUGCAGCAUCCAGGGACGGUUCCAUCAGCUGCUGCCACAAGGUGCGCCAAUUUUGACAGUGCCAUCACCACCCACCAGCACCUGCAGCUGGGGAACCUGGCACUGAGACACCAGCUGCAGGGUGACACGGGAUGAGUGUGCCGGCCGACGAGCCGGGCAACCCGGCCCACGCCAUCUUCGAGAGGUUCCUGCGUGCCGGGGAGUGCCGGGAGGUGCUGGGCUGCUUCGUGGAGCUGUGCCAGCAGCUGGGGCUGCAGGGCAGUGGGCUGCAGCUCUACCACGGCCUCAAGGCUGCCCUCAACUACUGGAAUGCCAAGGCUUUGUGGAGCAAGCUGGAUAAGAAAGCUGGGCACAAGGACUACGACCAGGGCACAGCCUGUGCUGGCACCAAGUGCCUGGUGGUGGGCGCUGGCCCCUGCGGGCUGCGGGCGGCCGUCGAGCUGGCGCUGCUGGGAGCCCGCGUGGUGCUGCUAGAGAAACGAGACUCCUUCUCCCGAAACAACGUCCUGCACCUCUGGCCCUUCACCAUCCACGACCUGCGGGCGCUGGGCGCCAAGAAGUUCUACGGGCGCUUCUGCACCGGCACGCUGGACCACAUCAGUAUCCGGCAGCUCCAGCUGAUCCUGCUGAAGGUGGCUUUGCUCCUAGGGGUGGAGGUGCACAUCAAUGUGAAGUUCGAGGGCCUUGUUCCCCCCACAAGCGAGGCAGGUGGCUGGCAGGCUGUGCUGCAGCCCAGUUCCUCUCCCCUCACCCACUACGAGUUUGACAUCCUCAUCUCAGCUGGCGGUGGCAAAUUUGUCCCUGAAGGGUUCAAGCGGAAGGAGACGCGUGGGAAGUUGGCCAUUGGCAUCACCACCAACUUCAUCAACCGCCACAGCCGCGCUGAGGUGGAGGUGGCUGAGAUCAGCGGCGUGGCCCGAAUCUACAACCAGAAGUUCUUCCAGAACCUCUACAACAAAACGGGCAUUGAUCUGGAAAACAUCGUGUACUACAAGGAUGACACUCACUAUUUCGUCAUGACGGCCAAGAAGCAGAGCCUGCUCAAGAAGGGGGUCAUCCUGCAGGACAAGGCAGACAUCGAGAGCCUCCUGUCCCCAGAGAAUGUGAACCGGGACGCCCUCCUUAGCUAUGCCAAAGAAGCUGCCAACUUCUCCACCAACUACUGCCUGCCCAAGCUGGAGUUUGCCCUCAACCACCGGGAGCUGCCGGAUGUUGACAUGUUUGACUUCACCUGCAUGACGCGCUCGGAGAACGCGGCGCUGGUGCGGGAGCACAACGGGAGCCGCCUGCUCCUGGGGCUGGUGGGCGACUGCCUGGUGGAGCCCUUCUGGCCUCUGGGCACCGGGGUGGCCAGGGGUUUCCUUGCUGCCUUCGAUGCGGCGUGGAUGGUGCGGCGGUGGGCGGCCGGGACCCCCCCGCUGGAGGUGCUGGCUGAGAGGGAGAGCAUCUACCAGCACCUUUCGCAGACAUCCCCAGACAACACCAACAAGAACAUCAGUCAGUACAGCAUCGACCCGGCCACGCGCUACCCCAACAUCAACCUGCAGGCCAUCAAAGCCAGCCAGGUCAGGGACCUUUACCUCGUGGGCAUGGUGGAGGUGGACUCCAAGAGGAAGAGUGACAACCGGCUCAGCACUGCAGCCCCUGGAGCUGUCUGUGAAGAGCUGCUGAGCUGGUGCCAGGCCAGCACAGCUGGAUACCCUGGCGUGGCCGUCACCAACUUCAGCACCUCCUGGAGCAGCGGCUUGGCCCUGUGCGCCCUCAUCCACCGCUUCCGCCCAGACCUGGUGGACUUUGACUCAGUGGACUCCCAGGAUGCCAUUCAGACCAACCAGAUGAUGCUGGACAUAGCAGAGCAAGAGCUGGGCAUCCAGCCUGUCCUCUCCAGUAUUGAGAUGGCCACCAUGACAGAGCCUGACCGCCUGGACCUCAUCACCUACCUCAGCCACUUCUAUCAAGUUUUCAGGACCUCUCCAGAGGUGGAGGUCAGCAAGAAGCCGCUGUCUCCCUGUGGCACGCGAGGGGCCCUCCUUUUCCUCAGCAAGCUGCAGAAGAGCCGGAACCUGGCCCACAGACGUGCCCAGGACAGUGCCCAGAAGGACACUGAGGCCAAGAAGAGCCGCAGGGACACUGAGCUGGACACGGGGCUGGAUGGAGACACUCCGGACAGUGCCCACGAGCUGCUGCAAACCACCGUGACGGACCCGGGGCAGCCACCGAGGGAGAGGACGGGGGAGAACAGUGACGCCUGCUACUUCUGCGGCCGCCGUGUGUACAUCCUGGAGCGAGCCAGCGCCGAGGGACGCUUCUUCCACCGCGGCUGCUUCCAGUGCCGGCGCUGCGGGGCCACCCUGCGCCUGGGCGACUACGCCUUCCACGAGGAGGAUGGUCAUUUUUACUGCUCGCUGCAUUACCCCAACCUACCCAGCGUGGAUCUGGCCCGGGAUGAGGCUUCAGCACUGCCUGAUGGGGAUGCUGCUGCUGCUGCUGCCCACCCGCCCUCAGAUGCUGGAAGCUCACGUGUGUCUCCUGUGGAGUGGGCACCCAGUCCACUUCAGCCCGCUCCAGCAGCCCCACAGGCAGGGGAAGAGCCUGGGGAAGCUGAGGACACUGCAGAUGCUGGUGACACGGAGGAGCAGGAGCUGCUGGCACAGCCUGGGGGGGAUGUGAGGGAAGAGGAGGUUCCCAGAGCAGAGCCCCAACAGACAGCAGAGGAGAGUGAGGAGAGUGGGGGCAGGAGGAAGAUCAUCCUUACACCGCUGGAGAAGCUCAGUCUGUCCACGCUGAACCUCACCAGUGAAGCAGAGCCCGAGCCUCCACCGAAGCCAGCUCGGCUGCGGCCCCAAGCAGCACCUGAGGCCCUCCCUGCCCUGCGGCAAGGACACGGCGCCUGCGAGGAGGAGGAGGAGGAGGAGGAGGAGGAGGAGGAGGAGGAGGAGAAAAUUGACAUGGAGAAAGAUUUGGAGGAGAGUGACAGUGAGGAGGAGGAGAAGGAGAAAGAAGAGGAGGAAUGCACAGGCUUUGGCAUCGUGAAAGAGCUGUACCCAGACCCCAGGGAAGAGGAGAAAUACCCCACCUGGAAGCGCACACUGGCCCGCCGGGCCAGGGAGUCCCAGAUGAAGAGGUUCUGCAGAGCCCAGGCCAUCCAGAGGCGGCUGGAGGAGAUCGAGGUGACAUUCCGGGAGCUGGAGCAGCAGGGCAUCAAGCUGGAGAAGUUACUCCGGGAUGAGAACGAGAGCCCGGCUGACCAGCAGACACAGUGGACAAACCAGCUGCUGUACCUGGUGCAGAAGAAGAACAAUCUGAUGACAGAGGAGUCGGACCUCAUGAUCGCGGUGCAGGAGCUGAAGCUGGAGGAGCAGCAGUGUCAGCUUGACGAGAAGCUCCGGAGUUACAUGAACAAGGAGGAUACCCUGAAGACAGCUGAGGAUGAGAAGGCUGAGCAGGAGAUCCUGAAGCAGCUGGUGGAGGUGGUGAAUAAGAGGAACGUCCUCAUCCAGUUGCAGGAGGAGAAGCGGCUCAGCGAGCUGCGGGCUUGAUCUGCACAGCCCCAGAGCCACUGGAUCCUCCCAGGGACAGGCAGAUUGUGUGUGGGAGCCCUGGGCUGAGCAGCACUCUGAGCUGCCUCUGGAGGUGGCAAUGGCCCAGCUGCCUGCACGUGCCAGCAGCUGCCACAGCAAAUCCAGCUCCCUGCUUGCCAAAGUCUGUCACGGAGGGGCCGGACCCGCUGGUGGAUGCCCACAUGAGGAGACACUGAGGAGCACUCUCAGCUUUGGGGUGCUGAGAGGACAUUCCUGUGCAUGGCUGGAUUGCUUUUGCCUUGUGCUUGCUGGGAAACAGGACUCACAGGGGAUUGCAAAAGGGGGCUGUG